GCCUAGCCUAGGCGGGUGGGUGUGAGGACGCGGUAGGCAGUGUCAUCGGAUCUGUCCGCAGUCCCGCAGCCCCACAGAGCUCAGAGGCCGCCGGGAUGGAGCCGCCGCUCCCGGUCGGAGCCCAGCCCCUUGCCUGCCCGCAUACUGUGGAGGGUAUGGAGAUGAAGGGUCCUGUCCGUGAGCCCUGCGCCCUGACCCUGGCCCAGAGGAAUGGGCAGUAUGAGUUAAUAAUCCAGUUGUAUGAGAAGGAACAGCAUGUUCAAGAUAUCAUUCCUAUAAAUAGCCACUUCAGAUGUGUUCAAGAAGCCGAAGAAACUCUUUUGAUUGACAUAGCUGCAAACAGUGGCUGCAAAAUUCGGAUCCAGGGCGACUGGACCAGAGAGCGACGCUUUGAAAUUCCUGAUGAGGAACACUGUCUGAAGUUUCUCUCAGAAGUCCUUGCUGCUCAGGAAGCUCAGUCACAACUUCUUGUUCCGGAGCAGAAAGACUCAUCCAGCUGGUACCAGAAAUUAGACACUAAGGACAGACCUUCUGCUUUUACAGGGUUUCUUGGAUUUGAGGAUAACUUUUCAACAAUGAAUUUGGACAAGAAAAUAAAUGCACAAAAUCAACCUUUGGGGACUCAUCGGGAACCCCCACCUCCACCCCCUCCUGGGAAUAGAAUGCUACCACGUGAAAAAGACACUGCUAACAAAGAACAACCCAAAGUAACCAACACCAUGAGGAAACUCUUUGUACCAAGUAACCAGUCCCGGGAGGGCAUCAUCAAACACAUUCUGGCAAAGCGAGAAAAAGAAUAUGUCAACAUUCAGAAUUUCAGAUUUUUUGUUGGAACUUGGAAUGUGAAUGGCCAGUCUCCAGAUAGCGGGUUAGAGCCCUGGCUGACCUGUGAUCCGAAUCCUCCUGAUAUCUACUGCAUUGGAUUCCAAGAGCUGGACUUGAGCACAGAAGCCUUUUUCUACUUUGAAUCUGUAAAGGAACAAGAGUGGUCCAUUGCUGUGGAGAGGGGUUUGAAUUCCAAAGCCAAGUAUAAGAGAAUUCAACUAGUUCGCCUUGUUGGGAUGAUGCUCCUUAUAUUUGCCAGAAAGGAUCAGUGUCGCUAUAUCCGUGAUGUUGCUACAGAAACAGUUGGGACUGGAAUCAUGGGGAAAAUGGGAAACAAAGGUGGGGUAGCUGUGAGAUUUGUAUUUCACAAUACUACCUUUUGCAUCGUCAAUUCCCACCUGGCUGCCCACGUGGAAGACUUUGAGAGAAGGAAUCAAGAUUAUAAGGACAUCUGUGCCAGAAUGAGUUUUGUGGUUCCUAAUCAGAGCCUCCCACAGCUGAACAUCAUGAAACAUGAUGUGGUCAUUUGGCUGGGAGACUUGAACUAUAGACUUUGCAUGCCUGAUGCCAAUGAGGUAAAAAAUCUUAUUAAAAAGAAUGACCUUCAGAAGCUCCUGAAAUUCGACCAGCUAAAUAUCCAGCGCACACAGAAAAAAGCUUUUGUUGACUUCAAUGAGGGGGAAAUCAAGUUUAUCCCCACUUACAAGUAUGACUCAAAAACAGACCGAUGGGAUUCCAGUGGGAAGUGUCGCAUUCCAGCAUGGUGUGAUCGAAUUCUUUGGAGAGGAACAAAUGUUAAUCAGCUUCACUACCGAAGUCACAUGGAACUGCAAACCAGUGACCACAAGCCUGUUAGCUCUCUCUUCCAUAUUGGGGUAAAGGUUGUGGAUGAACGGAGAUAUCGGAAAGUCUUUGAAGAUAUCGUGCGCAUCAUGGACAGGAUGGAAAAUGACUUCCUUCCUUCCUUAGAACUCAGCAGGAGGGAGUUUGUGUUUGAGAAUGUGAAGUUUCGGCAACUACAAAAGAAGAAGUUCCAGAUCAGCAACAAUGGACAGGUUCCCUGCCACUUUUCUUUCAUCCCUAAACUUAAUGACACCCAAUACUGCAAGCCAUGGCUUCGGGCUGAACCUUUUGAGGGCUACUUGGAGCCAAAUGAGACGGUGGACAUUUAUCUUGAUGUGUAUGUCAGCAAAGACUCUGUGACCAUCCUGAACUCAGGGGAAGAUAAGAUUGAAGAUAUCCUUGUCCUUCACCUGGAUCGAGGCAAAGAUUACUUCUUGACCAUCAGUGGAAAUUACCUCCCAAGUUGCUUUGGCACAUCCUUAGAGGCUUUAUGCCGAAUGAAAAGACCAAUCCGAGAAGUUCCUGUUACCAAACUCAUAGACUUGGAAGAAGACAGCUUCCUAGAAAAGGAGAACUCCCUUUUGCAGAUGGUUCCCUUGGAUGAAGUUGGUACAAGUGAGAGACCCCUUCAGGUCCCCAAGGAGAUCUGGCUUCUCGUAGAUCACUUAUUCAAAUAUGCCUGUCACCAGGAGGACCUGUUCCAGACCCCUGGGAUGCAGGAGGAGUUACAGCAGAUCAUCGACUGCCUGGACACCAGCAUUCCUGAGACAAUUCCUGGUAGCAAUCACUCGGUGGCUGAGGCGCUGCUCAUUUUCCUGGAGGCCCUGCCUGAGCCAGUCAUCUGUUACGAGCUCUAUCAGCGCUGUCUUGACUCUGCCCACGAUCCCCGGACCUCCCGACAGGUGAUUUCCCAGCUCCCAAGAUGCCACAGAAAUGUUUUCCGUUACUUGAUGGCAUUCCUUCGAGAACUCUUAAAAUUCUCUGAAUACAACAACGUCAGCGCCAACAUGAUCGCGACUCUGUUCACCAGCCUUCUCCUAAGGCCUCCACCAAACAUUAUGACAAGACAGACUCCAAGUGACCGCCAGCGAGCUAUCCAGUUCAUUCUGGGCUUUCUGCUUGGGAGUGAAGAAGACUAAGUUGUUUAUUUUUUUCUUCUUUUUCUCUCUCUCUUACUACUCUUCAAGAUUCUAGAGGUGGAAGAUUGGCAGGCUCCAAGUUAUUUCACAGAUGGUUUUUUAAGGUCAUGCUGCAGGAAGGGUUUAUUGCAGAAGUUCAAGUUCUGUUUAUAGUACAAAAAGGAAAAGAGUUUCCUAAUCCCUUCUUUAGCAUACUCUACACAGCAAAACACUUUUAGACUUACAUUACCAAGCCAAAGUUACCACAUUUUGGUGUUUUUAUGUUUUCCUCUUUAUAAGGCAAAGAGAUCUGUAUUAACACUCCUGUACCUAGGGUCGUGUUUGUUGCCUCUAUCCAACUGUCAUGCUUGUCCUUAGUAUCCUAUGCCUGGAUUCUGAGAUGCUCCCAUUCCAGGCCCACAAGCACUACUUGGCAUAGCUCAGACUUGUCUGUAGCCUGUACCAAGCGCUUUGGAGCCACCCCUUCCCUGUCUCACUCCCUGCCACUCCUCUCCACUUGUUCUGCCACUUUGAAGGGAGCCUGGGUGAGGCCAGCAACUCCUUGAGUGUCCUCCACAGUGAGUCUGCUGUCUACAUGUGGUUGUUAACAUCAUUUGUGCAUUUUCACUACUGUGAUGGCGUCCGUGUGUCACUGUACUGUUGGCCUUUUCAUGGAUCCACACUGGAUGGAACCUCAUUCCCUGUCUCCAGGCACACGCAGUAACGUAAUUUGAGGGACUAUAAGAGAUGACAUCCUAUCAAUAUGAGAGAAAUCACAGAGUGAAAAUACUUAGGGAAUUUUAACAGUGAGAGUGUUCAUGCCUGCUGGUUCCUGAUUCCUGUUAUCCCUUUCCUGUUGUUAGUAACAUAUUACAUAACAUCUGAUCCUGGCUGUUUAUGGGGCCCAUCCACUCCCUUUGAAGCAACCUCCAGAGCAACAUUUGCACCAGAAGUAAGAAAUGGAAGCCCAUGCACCUCAAGCUACUCUCCCACUGAGGGCACUGACGGUGACACUUAGACCCAUUUCCCUGGUCUUCAGCCCUCUAAAGGGCUGACUGUGAACUUCAUAAGCAACUCUUGACAAUGAAGAAUCUGGAGACUCCCUUGGCUCUCAGUCACUAUAUCCGGUGCCAUGUAAGAGAGACUGGCCAGUGGGACCAACCACACGUCAUACCUCUCUCACCCAAGGUGAUUCUCUGAGCUUUUCAUUUAUUCAAGUUUCGUGGGACAGCCUUUUAAAACUAAUAAUAAUAAUAAUAUGUCAUUUGACAAACCACCAUCCAUUGAUUGCAGAAAUGCCUGGUACACUUGACCUCCUCCUUAAAAGAACCCCCCAAGUGGACUCUUGCCUGUUACCAUUAGAUGUGAGCAACAUAAGGUGCAGGCUCAGUGUACAAUCUUGGGCACUGACUCCAUGAUAAUUCUAGUACAUGUGAGGAGAGAGCCAGGGGAAACUCCACCAGUGAAUGGUUCUGUAAUUGCCCCAUCUCUUGAAAGCUGAGAUCUCUUGGGGAAGAAAAGGUAUGUAUCAUGUGUCCUGUGGUAUCCAAGUUCCACCUUUUCCUGAUUGGGAGUUAGGGAAAAUGGAGUUUAAGUUUAUUGAUGCCAAAUAGCUGAUGAUCUUGAAAGCUCAGGGGGUGGAUGCUGAACUUCAUUCGUGGAGGACUGAGAGGAGGAUAGUCUUGUCAUCUCUGCUGGGCCAGAAGGUGAUCACAGAAAGAGAUAGAUGACAGGAACUGGGGCAAGGUUGUAAUACCAGGAAGUACCCCUCCUGGGCUCAUGCCAACCUGGGUCCUGGGGUGACCAAGGAUGUGUUCAGUGGGGGCCCUGUGCUGCCUGCGUGCAGGCUCCUCUUUCUUCAUUAUGUCAGAGCACUAAGUUGGUUUACUGCCUUGACCUGUCUCCCAGCUUGUCCUGGGCUGUACAUAGGGUUGAGAGUUUUAGACAAUCUCUAGGUAGGAGAGACAAGACGUAGAUUAGACACAAGAAGUUUGCUUCCCUACCACACUCCUUGCAGCACCCUAGCCUCUAAUUCCUAAGUUCUCAGCUAAUGAUUCACAGUUUCUCUUAAGGAAGGAUUUCGGAUCCAACUGAGUGUGAAGGACUGUGCUCCUAUUGGUUUAAGGAGUGAAUGGUUCAAAUCCAUGGGGUGACAUUGCAUUAGUGUCUCUUUCACUAUUUUAUGAUUCUUACUCUGUGAUUGUUUAAUUUCCUAAUAACAUCUAAUAACAUCUUGGUCACUAAGCAAGCUGCUAGUGGGGUUCUGUAUUUUGUGGCAUCUUUUUUAUUAUAAUUUAUUGCAAUUUUCUGAAUAAAUAUAUGUUGU